GGGAAGAGCUACUCUACUGUGUUGAAAACUAUGGCGUAGUAAUUGUACAUGCGCAGACUGGUGCGGGGAAAACGACGCAAAUACCCCAGUACUUAAAGGAGGCUGGAUGGGCAAGUGGUGGAAGUGUGAUAGCAUGUACACAGCCAAGACGCGUAGCUGCUACAAAUGUAGCCCAGAGGGUUGCGACGGAGAUGGGCUCGAUUCUUGGUGAUGAAGUCGGCUACACUAUACGAUUUGAAGACGUGAGCGACAGCGAACGAACGCGCAUCCGUUAUAUGACAGACGGGAUCCUAUUUCGGGAGACACAACUCGAUCCUCUUCUGAGCCGCUAUAGUGUCAUCAUGAUCGAUGAAGCUCAUGAACGCAGCGUUUACACCGACUUGAUUAUCGGUAUCCUCAAAAAUCUAGGAUUCGCCGAAAACGACCUUCCUUACGUCUCAUCGUUUCUUCCGCGACACUGGAUGCAGCUCGUUUUCUUGAAUACUUCCAAACGGCCGACAAGGAUGCAACUAUUAUCAGCUUGGAAGGGAGGAUGUAUCCAGUCGAGCUUGCCUACUUACAGGAACCCGUACCUGACUAUGUACAAAAAGCCGCUGAGGUCGCAUGGCGUAUAAACCUCCAAAAGCAAAGCACUGGGGACAUCUUGAUAUUUCUAGCUGGCAGAGAGGAUAUCGAACGAUGCUUGGAAGAACUCAGCGAACUUGCAGCAAGCAUAAUUCCUCUACCACUCCAUGCAGGACUUUCGACGGACGAACAAAUGGCAAUUUUCUCUCCUGCGGAACGUGGAACGAGGAAAGUGAUUGUAGCGACAAAUAUUGCAGAGGCGAGUAUUACCAUAGACGGCAUCAAAUUUGUAAUAGACGGUGGCUUCAUUCGAACAUAUAACCCCACCACAAAUCUCGCAUCGCUGGUAACCGUUCCGAUCUCCUUAGCAUCCGCAACCCAACGAGCUGGAAGGGCAGGGAGAACAUCCAGUGGCAUAUGCUAUAGAUUGUAUACAGAGAAUGCCAUGAAGCUUUUACCUGCCACAACACCCCCUGAAAUCACCCGGAGCGACAUGACUGGUCCUAUUCUGCAGCUGAAGUCACUGGGGAUCAACGAUCUUAUGAAGUUUGACUGGGUGACAGCCCCGCCGGCGGAGAGCGUACUUCGAGCACUCGAAGGUCUGGUAACGACGGGGAUGAUAGAUAAUAACGGAGCAUUGACUGCAGUUGGAGAAAAGAUUGCUGAGUUCCCUAUAGAGGUUAACGUGGCACGAAUGCUAUUCAGCUCUCAAGAGCAUCGUUGUGGAGAGGAGAUGUUAACGAUUGCUGCAAUGACUUCGGUGCAGGGCGUUUUCAUAAUUCCCGACGGUGCUGCUGGUGCAUUGGCUGAGCUUGAAAGGAGAAAGUUUACCGCGAUGGAAGGGGACCACUUAACACUAUUGAAUGGCAAGAAUUUCGUUCUAUUAUCCAGAAGCAACCAAAACUUACGUUCUCACGCAGUGUACAACGCCUUCACGAGGUACGGCAAGUCCUCAGGAUGGUGUCGAUCGCAUUCACUAUCCUUCCGAGCACUAUCACGCGCUGUUUCCAUUCGAUCACAGCUGAAGAAGUUCAUGCAACGAUUCAAGAUUCCCCUCGAGAGCUGCGAAGGAGAUGCAAAGCGUCUUCGGAAGUGUCUCGUGAGUGGCUAUUGGAGAAAUGCAGCUCGCUGGAUCGCAGACGGUACUUAUCGAUCCGUACGCGGAGAUAUGGUACUGCAUGUACAUCCGAAUUCCGUCCUUUUCACGAGAAAACUUCGCACAGGAUGGGUAGUCUUCCAUGAGAUGGAAGAAACCAAGAAGACUCAAAUACGCAUCCUGACGGAAAUUGAAGCAGACUGGUUGUUGGAAUACGGUCAUAAGUAUUAUGAUAAGCACUCUACUAGUGGGACCAACAUGGGUUAACUGAGCUAGUUUACUGCGUCGCGGGCCACCAAUGAUUUACUCAGUCGCAGAAAUCGUGAAAUUCAAAAUGUACUAUUACAUAAUGUACAUACCAUAAGC